AUGCUUCAAGAUUUAAGAUUUCCAAUUCCGGAGUCUCACGACGCGAUCGACUUAGUGAAGCUUGUCAGUGAUAACAUUGAUCGUCACAUUUAUGAAUCCCGUACUGCGCUUGGAAUCAAGGAAAUUGCACUCGAAUGCCUCACCAAAGGUUGCAACUACUCAACACACUCUUAUUUCUCCGAAAAAGCUUACAAUCCCUCUGAUCAUCCCGAAAAUUUAUCACUGAGUUAUCUUUUCGCAGUCUUCAACGAUCUCUUCUUCUUGGGUAUACUUCCAUCGCGAACAACUGUUUCUCGCUCGACUAAAGCUACCGAUCCAAACUGUGCAAGUUCGUCCUGUUUGCAAAAUAUAGUCAUUCGUGGUAAGAUGAGCAGAGGGCAAGCUUGGCAGAUUAUAGCAUACAAUCUAGAGAUUUCGGAUACAAUCAGAGCUAUGAGAAAAGCUGUUGGAAUGGAAGUCAGUUUGAGAAAGAUGGAUGAACUUGAGUGGGAAUUGAGUCAUUGGAAGCUAACGGAACUUGAACAACUUGAGCAGUGGGUAUACCGCCACUCAAGCGGCACGUGGGCCCAGGCGUUGAAGUGUCAACUACGGUGUUUGAAAGCCGCUCAAGAUAGAAUAAUUUACGACACAGCAAACUCCACAAAGAUCGUUCGAAGAAAUGACAACGAUUUAAGUCUCACACCAGAACUGUCCAUCCCUUUCAGAGCGGCAUCGUCAUUACGCAAUUUCGCUGCUACAACUAGAAUCAUCCACGAUCCCAUCCGCAAGAUCGAUCGCACCAAAGCACCCUACAUAAUGCUUCCUUCAGAGGUACUUCCUCUACCAACAGCAGCCCUGGAGACGAUCUGUCUGAACAACAUCACUGCUUGUGGGAAGGCGUACAGAGGACAAGCCUGGCAGAAAAUCGCUAAUACCUUAGAGAAAUCUGAGAUUAUGAGAGAUAUGCAGACUUUGAUUGGAUCGCAAGUGCGUUUGAGAAGAUAUGAGGAGUUUGUUAGGGAACUGAGCUAUUGGGAUAUCCCGAGACUGUUAGUAUCUUCGGAUUUGAUACGGGAAUUGGGGUUGGUGGCAUGGACUGUGAAGGAUUUUGUGUAUGCUGCGGAGGAGGAACGGGGAAAGAGGAUUGCUCCUGAAGUUAGAAGAAGUUAG